AAGUCAUCGACAAAUAUCCAGAAAUUCGCGAUAUCAUCAGAGCACAGGAUGCCCCAAAGAAUCUAUUUUAAAGUCCACGGAAAAGUUCAGGGUGUGUUCUUCCGCGCCUUCACCCAGAAGAAGGCGACGGCGGCUGCCAUUACGGGAUGGUGCCAAAAUACUGAGAGUGGCAAGGUGGAAGGAGAGGCCCAGGGUACUGAAGAUGCCAUCAAGCAAUUCUUAAAGGACAUCAACAAUGGGCCGCCUCAUGCCAAGGUUGUCAAACUGGAACAGGAGGACCGCGACGUGCAGAAUGACGAGAGCCAAUUUGAGAUUCGCUAGAGCAUAGUUAGUUCAUGAUACCACGUUGCCGAGUCAUUCAUUGCAAGCCAGCCAAAGCUUCAGAGCUGUCGAUCACCCCAUACGAGUUUCAAGCCGCAUUAGAGACGUGGAAACAACGCUCCUGUACUUUAUUACACAUCCGCUCGGUUAGCGCGUAGAACAUGCUGUAUAUCUCGGUUAUCCGUACAUGGUAAGGCGAGCACGGCUCAGAUCUCUCCUAAUAGGGGGCUAGCAUCCGCCAACUUCGAAAAGGGG